UCAGAAAAUAUAUUUCAGUCCAAUUUGAGAGUUUCAGUUGAGAGCACAUAAUUAUUAAAAUUGUUUACGGAUAAAUCCAAUUGUUUUUUAAAUACUUUGAACAUUACAAGAUGGCCUUCCACUCGGUAGCAACGAUGGAGAAGCCGCUCCAGCACAUUUCGCUGACGGAUUGGUACGCCCGGGUGAACCAGAUGCGCAAUGUGGCGGAUGCACGGAGAUCAGACGCCUUCGCCAUUCGCCAUGCGUCCCGAUCCUUGAGGAACGAGACGAGAAUCGAGGGCGAUUGGGCUAACUACGAGACUAACGAAGCACUAACCGAUCGCAUCUCCGAGUUAAAUCGCUGGCGGGAUAUAAUCUCAAAAUCCUUUGAGAGGAUUGAGCGUGAAAUUUAUAUGCUGCAGGAGGAGAAGAACGCCACUGAACGGGAACUGGAGGCGCUUACCGGUCCGAUCUCAGUGAUCGCCGAGUGCCUCACCAUGAGAGACGGUCGCCUGGGCUCAGAGAUCACCUACGACGAGGCGGAUACGGAGAUCAAGAACGAACUGGUGGUGUUGGAGAACAACCAAAGACUUUUAGCCGACCGAUGCCAAAAGGCUUGGGAGAAACUGAACCGAUUGGAGGAGGUGCGCUUUAAGAUCGGUCUGGAGAUUGAGUUCAAGGUAGAGGCGAUGCAGCUGGACAACUCUCAGUUGGCUCUCGAUCGUAACUCGGCCAAUAUCUCUUACAAGCCGGAUCCCACUAGGAAUCCAAAGAACUCCUGCUCAUACGAAACUUGGUUGGAAAAUGUGAAGAACGUCAAGUUGCUGGCGGAGAAUGAGUUGGCUGAUACGUAUGCCAUCCGGGAGGCUUUGUUCGUGUGCCGCGAGAAGGCGCGCAACAUGCUGCAAUCCCAGCAGGAGCGGGCAGAGCACACCAUUCGCAAGCGUAUUUUCGAGACUCAGCGGGCCAGAAACGAACUGGAGUGGCAGCAGCUCAAGAUGAAGGAUGAGAUGGAGAAGGCGAUGUGCGAAAUUCGCACCUCAGAGAAUGCUUUGCGGGACAAGACCGACGCCUUGAAAUUGGCCGAAACGCGUCUGGAAAACCGAGCCCAGAGAUCGGGUAUGGAAUUGUGCAUGGACCAGGCACACGAUAUGCUCUGCUUGGAGGUGGAGAAGCUGCGCGAGAUUCGUCGUCGAUUGCAGGCGAAGAUCGAUGAGAGCAAGACGAACUUUAAUCUCUUGGAGGAGCACGGCAAGCGGAUCGAUGUGGAUCUGGAGAACAAGCAGCACUCGCUGAUGACGGACAUCCGGGCUCUGGAUCUGCGCAUGCGUCUUCGAGGAGGAGAGUUUGGCACCAAGGUGGUCAGCGGGUCGCAGACUGACAGGAAUAUUACUCUUACACGCAUGGAGAACGAGAUUCCAAAGGAUUAGAUUGCUUUUUAAAAUAUCACUCAUUCAAUGUAUUUGCCCUGAUGUUCAUUACUCGUUGUCCAAAUUUUCGUGAAAAAAUAAUAAAAUUAGAGCUUCUUCUGGCUAAA